AUGUCCCGCCCACAUGUUCUCAGGAUUCCCCGAUCGGACGAGGACGAAGGGUCGUUUGUUUUGAUUCACGUGCAACCAUCAUCAUCCAAGAAGGCACGUCCCCUGGACGUCAGAAUCGUAGCGACUGAGGGUACUUCCCCCUAUGUUGUCACCUUAAAGCACAGUAGUAUCCAGACUCUCAGGCCCAAGGACAGCCCCUGCACGUCUGAAGAAUGGGAGCAAAUACUAGAGUUCCUUCUCCUCGGCCAAGAGGUGGUCCCAGAUAUUCACCUUACGGCCGCCGUGGGGUCCGGCCUGCAGAUAACUCAACGCCUCGGGCUCAUCAACUUGCAAGAGGAUGAGAGCGAGGCAGUUGAGCUGUUUGACUGGUGUGGGCUUGCCCUCGAGUUCACUAAUAACGCCAGGACGGAGCUUGCUUCAGCCAAGGCCAAAGCAGAAGAGUGCGAACAAGCUGUCAGUGAGUUGACCAAGCAGCUGGAGGAACUAGUGCAAGCCAAGGCGGAGCACGAGGCUGCACUCUUGAAUAAAUUCCGACUUUUGCUCAACGAGAAGAAAGCAAAGAUCCGAGAGCAGCACGAUGUCAUCAAGAGCGGGGGCCUGAAUUCGACCACUCUUGCCACCUCCAGUCAACUUGAUUGUAAGGACGAUGGAGGGAAGGUUGAAGAAAAUGAUGAUCGCGACGCUACAUCGCUAGCCAAGUCGGCCCGGCGACCCCCGGUCGCACGCAAAUCCAAGCGCAAGGCGCCGGCAGCCGACCUAAGCAGUGAUUCGGAUGACGAAGUCGAUGCGAUGGAUGUCGACCUACCUAAGCAGGGGGGCGGAGACCACGGCAACUCUUCCGGCGAUGAAAAGCAAACUAGCGAUGAGGACGACCAGGCUACCGCGAGUGAACCAGACGACAUCAGCCCAACGGCCAACGACCAGGCAAAAUCACCCGGUCGAGGAAUGGCUGCCACGGCUAGUGUUACUGCUGCUCCUGCCCCUAGUUCUCCUACCACACGUCAGGCAUCCGCGGGAAAGCCAAUUGCAACACGUGCUCGUAAACCACCACCAUCAAAGGCUUCAGCAGCCUACAAGGAUGAUGGCAGUGAGACAGAAUCGGAUGAUGAACUAUAA